GAGCACCGGACGGUCUUGCCGUCCCGAAGGCCCGCCCACUGGCCAGGCCCCGCCCGCCACCUGCGUCGCCGGAAGCGGAAGUGCCCUUCAGCGUCCACUUCCUGUCGGGCCCGGGAGCGGGCGGCGGCUGCAGCGGCAGCGGCGGCGCGGGCGUCAGUGCCCCUGGAAUGACAGGCGUGGGGACUGUGCCCUCUCGUGGACCAUGAAGGAGACCGACCGCGAGGCUGUGGCAACAGCCGUGCAGCGGGUAGCUGGCAUGCUUCAGCGCCCAGACCAGCUGGACAAAGUGCAGCAGUACCGCCGAAGAGAGGCUCGGAAGAAGGCCUCCGUGGAGGCCAGGCUGAAGGCUGCGAUCCAGUCACAGCUGGACGGGGUGCGCACAGGCCUGAGCCAGCUCCACAACGCACUGAGCGAUGUCAAGGACAUCCAGCAGGCGCUGGCCGACGUCAGCAAGGACUGGAGGCAGAGCAUCAACACCAUCGAGAGCCUCAAGGACGUGAAGGACGCUGUGGUGCAGCAUAGCCAGCUGGCCGCCGCCGUGGAGAACCUCAAGAACAUCUUCUCAGUGCCCGAGAUUGUGAGGGAGACCCAGGACCUGAUUGAGCAGGGGGCGCUCCUGCAGGCACACCGCAAGCUGAUGGAGCUGGAGUGCUCGCGGGACGGGCUGAUGUACGAGCAGUACCGCAUGGACAGUGGCAACACGCGCGACAUGACCCUCAUCCACGGCUACUUCGGCAGCACGCAGGCGCUCUCCGACGAGCUGGCCAAGCAGCUGUGGAUGGUGCUGCAGAGGUCACUGGUCACCGUCCGCCGAGACCCCACCUUGCUGGUGUCUGUGGUCAGGAUCAUCGAGAGGGAAGAAAAAAUUGACAGGCGUAUACUUGACCGCAAAAAGCAAACCGGCUUUGUUCCUCCCGGGAGGCCCAAAAAUUGGAAAGAGAAAAUGUUUGCCAUCUUGGACAGAACCGUGACCACCAGAAUCGAGGGCACACAGGCAGACACCCGGGAGUCGGACAAGAUGUGGCUGGUCCGCCACCUGGAGAUCAUAAGGAAGUACGUCCUGGACGACCUCAUCGUGGCCAAAAACCUGAUGGUUCAGUGUUUUCCUCCCCAUUACGAGAUCUUCAAGAAUCUCCUGGGCAUGUACCACCAGGCCCUGAGCACACGCAUGCAGGAGCUCGCGGCAGAAGACCUGGAAGCCAGUGAGAUCGUGAGCCUGCUGACCUGGGUGCUGAACACCUACGCCAGUGCAGAGAUGAUGGGAAACGCAGAGCUGGCCCCGGAAGUGGACGUGCACGCCCUAGAGCCUUUACUUUCUCCAGAUGUGGUCUCUGAGCUGCUGGACACGUACAUGUCAACUCUCACUUCAAACAUCAUUGCCUGGCUGCGGAAAGCUCUAGAAACAGACAAGAAAGACUGGAGCAAAGAGACGGAGCCCGAAGCUGACCAGGACGGGUACUACCAGACCACACUCCCUGCCAUCGUCUUCCAGAUGUUUGAACAGAAUCUUCAAGUUGCUGCUCAGAUAAGUGAGGACUUGAAAACCAAGGUGCUGGUUCUGUGUCUGCAGCAGAUGAACUCUUUCCUAAGCAG